CUCAUUCUAGCUGAUCAGGGGAGAGCUACAUCUCUUUUUGAUGGACUAUGUGGAUUUGCCUCUUGGUUUAAAACAUACUUGUUGAACCAGUUGCCAAUGCCUGAAGACCAUAUUCCUUCCUGGUGCCUCACUCCCCAUAUUGACCCAGACAUGCUGGCUCGGAAACUCUCUCUGCAUACCAUGCAAGGAUAUGUGGAAGUCUCGAGGCAUUCAACCUUUAUUGUCCGAGAUAGUAUGAGUGGCAAGUACUUUGGGAAGAUAGUGGACAAGAGUAUUCAGCCUGCUGUUAUGCAGAGCCCAUCAGAAGGAAACCAAACAGAUUCAAGUAGAAGCAAGUCAGGAAAUUUGAAGGAUAUGAAGAAAGAUGCCAUGUCAACCAUCACUGAAAACUGUGGGAAUAAGGCAAACAAAGAAAAUGCCAUUGUGGCAUUAGAGAAAGAGACUGGAAUUCCAGAUGUGGUUGAAGACUCUGCUGCAGUUUACCUAUUGUCAGUUGUAAGAUCUAUUUUAUC